AUGACGCCACCCCAGGCGGAGAAGUGACGUCUGCAGACACAGCGGCCGGCGGGCACGGCGCGGUCGCCGGGCAGUGACGUCACGCAGGCGCAGCAUGGCGGGCAGCGGCCGCCGGCCCGAGCACCGCGGGCCGCCCGAGCUGUUCUACGAUGAGGCCGAGGCGCGGAAGUACACCCAGAACUCCCGCGUGGUGGAGAUCCAGUCGCAGAUGUCGGAGCGGGCGGUGGAGCUGCUGGGGCUGCCCGAGGACCGCGCGUGCCUCCUCCUGGACGUGGGCUGUGGCUCAGGGCUGAGUGGGGAUUACAUCUCUGAGGAGGGUCACUACUGGAUUGGCAUGGACAUCAGCCCUGCCAUGCUGGAUGUGGCCGUGGAGAGGGAGGUGGAAGGAGACCUGCUCCUUGCAGAUGUGGGGCACGGCAUCCCCUUCAGGCCUGGCAUGUUUGAUGGCUGUAUCAGUAUUUCUGCAGUGCAGUGGCUCUGUAAUGCUGACAAGAAGUCACACAGCCCCCCCAAACGCCUCUACAGAUUCUUCUCCACUCUUUACACUGCCCUGGCCCGAGGAUCCCGAGCUGUGCUGCAGCUGUACCCUGAGAACUCAGAGCAGCUGGAGCUCAUCACUGCCCAAGCCAUGAGAGCUGGAUUUACAGGGGGAAUGGUGGUGGAUUACCCCAACAGUGCCAAAGCCAAGAAGUUCUUCCUCUGUCUCUUUGUUGGGACAUCUGGCACAUUACCAAAGGGCCUUGGUACCGAGUGUGCCAGUGAAGAGCUGCACCAGGCAAAGUUCACCAACGAGAGGACACGGUUCAGGAACAUCAAGGGCAAGUCCGUGAAGAAAAGCCGGGACUGGAUCCUGGAGAAGAAGGAGCGCAGACGACGCCAGGGCAAGGAGGUGCGAGCAGACACGAAAUACACAGGGCGGAAGCGCCGUCCUCGCUUCUGAGCUGCUCUGGACACUGCUGCCAUGGAAGGUGGCAUGUGGGUGCCUCCAGAGAGCCUCCUGUGGAUGGCACAGAUGGCACCCCAUGCCUGGGGACUUGCUGGGACUGGUCAUUGUGGCUCUUAAAGGUACAAACUGGCUCAGGUGCUGCCAUACAGCAAAGCUUCCAGCUCUGUUUCCCUGGUGAAGGUGCAGACUGGGCAGUGCUCUGCAGUGCCAUCACUUACCUUUGUGAGUGCAGUGAGCCAGCUGAGCUCCAGGUAAGCCUGGAUGUGAUAUCCAGUUCCUCACUAAAGAAUCAAAGAGUU